AUGGAUACCAACCAACCUAGUACCGGAAUAAUCGCCUUCGAGGCCUCCCAUUUCCUCGCGACCGAGCUUCGACCCGUCCUCGCUUCCUCGCCUCGUGAUUCUCCCCCUCCAUCUCUGCCGAAAUCGCCUCUGCGAGAUCCCGCCCAGUCUGGCUCGGGAAACGUUGCGAGACCGAAAACUUCCCAUGCCGUGACCUCCUCUGCCAAACAUCCCGACCUUGGCCCCUCAUCGAAAUCAAAGGUCGAUCCUCUGACCCUGCCUCCCGUCAUCGGAGUCUCGUCGCCCGCCAUCGUCAACACCCCUCCCACCCCGACCCUGCCCUCCGACGACGAAGACGGCUUCCAACCCCGGCCGCCUGCCACCGCCGCCACCUGGAAGCCGCAGGCCCUAGGCUCGCCCCCCGCCGAUGGCACCACCUCCCGUGAAGCUGUAAACUCGCAUAAACGGAGCGCAUCCGCGUCGGCCACCGUCGUGCCCAGCAAGCUCUCCCACAUCUCGGUGAACCCGCUCACGCCCGCAACCGAAGGCGACGAGGUGCCCUUCAGCCCCAGCUCCGGUUUCUUCUCGUCUAUGCUCUCGGCCGCUCAGAGCGCCGCCACCAAUAUAGGCACCGGUAUCAACAUCAGAGCGAACAGGGGAGGCCUACAACGAUCAGCCACCCUGUCCACCGAGUCGGUCGCCCGCGCAGGUGGCGACAGCAAGCAACAGGCCGAACCCGAGCCGUCUGUGUCGUCGCCGUCGUUGACGGAAACGCAGGAUACCAUGGACAACCAGAAGGAUUCAGCCAUCCGGACGCUGGGUGCCGGUGACCUCAGCCUUAGCCAGCUAGGUGUCGUCGACCCUCCGAGCGCCCUCGCCUCCCCCGCCAGCGCUAGGUUCGCUGAUCUCGACAACAGGGGUCGCUCCGAGUCGGCGCCCACCGACAACCAGGACUUCGCCUCUCGGGGGUCGUCGAGUAGGCCUCACUCGCUCAACGGCCCGCCCAGCAGGUCGGCCACGCCUUCGCCAGACGGGAACGAUAAGGUCGCCCUCCGCCAAAGCGGCAGCCUGCGGAGCUCGCGCAAGGCUCAUAGGAAGAGGGGCAGCUCCGUCACCACCAGCAACACCGCGAAUGUCGUGGGCGCGCCGCUGUCGGGCGCCGCCACCAGCCCGCUGCCCCAGAAUCCGGCCGCCAGCGUCAGCACGCCCAAGCUCACGGGAUUUGCCAUUGCUAGUAAGAAGAGGAACCGCGACUUCCACAACGUCUUUAAGAGCGUCCCCGACGAUGAUUACCUCAUCGAGGACUACAGCUGCGCGCUGCAGAGGGAGAUCCUCGCGCACGGCCGCCUGUACGUGUCUGAGGGUCACCUAUGCUUCAGCAGCAACAUCCUGGGCUGGUCGACCACGCUCGUCAUGAGCUUCGAUGAGAUCAUGUCGGUCGAGAAGAGAAGCACGGCCCUUCUGUUCAAGAACGGCCUGAUGAUCUCCACCCUGCACGCCAAGCACAUCUUUGCCAGCUUCACCAGCCGUGACGCCACCUACGACCUCAUCGUCAACAUCUGGAAGCUCGGACACCCCACCCUCACCAGCACCCUCAACGGCGUCAAGGUCGAGGGCACCGGCGGCGACAAGACGGAGAAGCUCGACGGCGAUGAGCCCCUAGCCCUCGAGGGGGGCGAGGCGCAGCUCGACUCCGGCACGGAAGAGGAGACAGACGACGACGACAGUGACGACUUCUACGUCGAGGACGACAGCGACCUGGCAGCCGGCCGCAACUCGACAGCCGACCUCAACGGCGACGGCGCCGAAGCCGAAAAGCCCCUCCUGCGUAAGGCGUCGGGUGCGGCCGCCAACGGCGCCCCCGCGGCCGUCAAGGACAUGCCCGCAGCAGCCGGAGGAGCCUCCGCCGCCGCCGCCGCCGCGGUCGACUUCCCGGGGCCUGCGACGCACGCGCCCACCGACUGCGGCGACUCGGCAACGCACUACGACAAGGUGGUCGGCGACGACGUCAUUGCCGCGCCGCUGGGACAGGUGUACAGCCUCAUGUUUGGUGCCAACUCGGCCGCCUUCAUGACCAAGUUCCUGUCGGCCGACUCCAAGUGCAUGGACGUGCAGAUUGAAGACAAGAAGGGCCUCAGCCUGGACAACCGGAGCCACACCUACACGUACAUCAAGCCUCUCAACUCCACCAUCGGCCCCAAGUCGGCCAAGUGCAUCAUCACCGAGACGCUCGACUCGCUCGACUACGAAAAGGCGGCCAACAUCACCAUGGCCACGCAGACGCCCGACGUCCCCAGCGGCAACAUCUUUGUCGUCAAGACAAAAUACUGCCUCUCCUGGGCAGAGAAUAACAGCACCAGGGUAUUUGUCAACUGCACGAUCGAGUGGUCUGGCAAGAGCUGGAUCAAGGGCCCGGUCGAGAAAGCCGCCAGCGACGGCCAAGCAGAACACUGCAAGCUCAUCUUCUCCAGCAUCCGCGCCGCCCUGUCGUCUAGAUCGCGGGCCAACACGGGCACCAACGGAGCCGGAGGCAAGGGCGCCGGCGGCAAGAAGAAGGGCAAGAAGGGCAAGGCGGCGCAGUCGAGUCUCCAGUCGGCCGAGAAGUCGGGGUCCAACUCUAACGCGGUCCAACCCGACUGGGGUCCCCUCGAGCCCGUACGGUCGGUAGCCGAGCCGCUAUUCGACAUCGUACGGCCGCUGUUGACGGGCAACGUCAUGUACGGCCUCCUCGUCGGCCUCCUGGUGGCCGCAUGGUUCGGCUUCGGCCUCUCACCUAAGGGGGGGGGCGGAGCCGGCGCCGGCGGCACGGGCGGCGUCGGGGGAGCCGGCGGACCGGGUCAUUACGGAUACGGACCGAUCCGCGGGGGCCCUGACAGGAUGGCAGCCUACGAUGAGAUGUGGCGCAGGGAGGACAGCAACCUCUGGGAAUGGUUGGAGGAGAGGACGGGUAUGGAGAGGAUGUAUGCUGACGGGGCGCAUCCGCGGAGAAGAGUGCAGCGGCCGUACAGAGACGGCCGUAGGGACACCAAGGAGCUGGAAGAGGCGUUGAGAGUGACGCAGGCGAAACUAAAGAUUCUGGAGGAGGCCAUGGGGAAGUCUCCAUCUAGUAUGGAAGGCUGA